AUGGAAAUAGUUGAUGUUAGCUUCCUUGGGAACGGUACGAAUAUUACUGCUUUCCUGUGUGAUAUCAUCUUUGAAAAUGACACUUUUUUCUGUGUGGAAGAACCACCUUAUCCUUCUAAAGAUUUGCAUCAGAUAAUUCGGGUUCUGCUGUAUUGCUUGAUAUUUCUGCUCAGCAUUUUGGGGAACAUUCUGGUAAUUACAGUGCUGAUAAGAAACAAGCGGAUGAGAACAGUCACCAACACAUUUCUGCUGUCACUAGCAGUCAGUGACCUGAUGCUCUGCCUUUUCUGCAUGCCAUUCACCCUCAUUCCCAACCUGCUGAAAGAUUUUAUUUUUGGUAGUGCUGUUUGCAAAACUGCCACUUAUUUCAUGGGUGUCUCUGUAAGUGUCUCUACAUUCAACCUGGUUGCCAUAUCUUUGGAGAGAUACAGUGCCAUUUGCAAACCUCUGCAGUCCAGGGUCUGGCAAACAAAAUCUCAUGCCUUGAAAGUGAUUGCUGCUACCUGGUGUGUUUCCUUUACUAUCAUGUCACCAUACCCAAUUUACAGCAAACUGGUACCUUUUACCAAGUAUAACAACACCACAGCAAAUAUGUGUCGGCUCCUUUGGCCAAGUGAUGUCAUUCAGCAGUCCUGGUACACUUUCCUGCUACUUAUACUCUUUCUUAUACCUGGGAUUAUAAUGAUGGUUGCCUAUGGCCUGAUUUCUUUGGAACUCUAUAGAGGAAUAAAAUUUGAUGCCAGCCAGAGAAAAUCUUCACAAGAAAGAAAAGUAAGUACCUGCAGCACCAAAUAUGAGGAUGGAGAUGGAUGCUACCUCAACAAAACCAAAAGAAAAAGGAAAAUGCCAUUGCAACAGCUCUCUGCUACUAGCCAUAGCAAAAUAGACAGGGUGAGAAGCAGCAGCUCUUCUGCCAACUUAAUGGCCAAGAAACUCGUCAUCCGUAUGUUGGUGGUGAUAGUGAUUUUGUUUUUCCUUUGCUGGACUCCCAUCUUCAGCGUGAACGCCUGGCGCGCGUUUGACACUGCCUCGGCAGACCAGCGUCUCUCAGGGGCUCCCAUCUCCUUUAUCCACUUGUUGUCCUACACUUCUGCCUGUGUGAACCCUAUCAUAUACUGCUUUAUGAACAAGCGUUUCCGCAUGGGUUUUCUAGCCACUUUCACCUGCUGCGCAAAGCAAAAGCCCCCUGCAAUACGGGGGGAGGUCGGUGAUGAAGAGGAGGGGAAGACAACAGGGGCUUCACUCUCCAAAUGUUCUUAUACGCACAUGAAUGCAUCUGCUCCUCCCUGAGCUGCAUCAGAAGAGGCAGUGAGUGGCCUACAGAAAUUCAAGUAUCUGUCACCUGGUCUUGGAAAGUGACUGAGGCAUCAGCUGAACAUGAUUUAGUUCUGAGGUAAUGAAACACUUCAGCUGACAGUACGGGAAAUGGAUCGCUGUCUGAGCUUUGUAUCACCUUCCCUUCAAAAGUACAAAGGGAGAAGAGGGCUCUUUGAAGAUAAGGGACUUUAUAAAAAGCCUUAGAAGAUGCUCUAUUUGUCAUAGAUUUGCCUGUAAAAAUUGGUGUCCUUUAUACCAACAGUUUUGUUGAGUUUUUGGCUGC